AUGGACGCAGUAAGGCUGCUAAACUUUUUCAAUCGGCUGUUGAUUUCAAACAUUUCGAUCAAGCGGAAAAAUAAUCGCCUGGUUGCCUGUCUAUCGGGAACUUACAAAAAUAUGACGAUCGUAAUACUGACAAUCUGUGCCACUUUCUACUGGGGUAAACAAACAUUCAACGCACUCAAAGGAUUCAGCAUUAUACGUAACGUAACGAUUAUAUCCACUAUGAUCCUGUAUACCACCAUUAUGUUCAGCUUGGCAACACUGACCAUUUCCGGUGUUAUUCGUCGGCUCAAGAUACUUGAACUGUGUCAACGUUUGAUCGCGUUCGACAUGGAACUACAGAAGGUAUUCUCAGUUCGAUGUUUAGGCCGCUACGGUUGGAUCAAAAUGGAAAUGCUACUGUCGACUCUCGUAUACCUUUACCUGCUUUGGAAGAAACUUAGAUUACUUGAACAGAAUCUAGACAUGUAUGUCGGAGUUCUGUCCGAAGUCGGUAGAUUAAUUCUCGAGUGUUAUCUCGGACAUCGUCUUAUUUUCUGCCAGCUGUUUGUGGAAAUAUUGAUGAAACGUUUCGAAGCGUUGGCCAGUGUAGUGAAAGGGAAUAGCUUCAAGCUAUUUCUUCCCCUGUGGGAUGAAAUUUUGGAACUGAAACAUCUGGCUGCGUAUGUUUUUGGGUACACGGUUCUGGUCGGAUGCAUCGAUGCGCUAUUGGCAUGUGCGAUGAUGAGCUACAGCGUCCUGAUAUUGUUUCAAGACACGGGAUCUUUCAAAUUUAUACUAAAUGACGUAGUGUUCCCGGUUUUUAUAGACUGUUUGUUGCAUACGUUUAUUUGGUUUGCAGUGAGCUACAGAUGCGGAAUGAUCGAGGAAAAGGUAGGAUCUCAGAUUUGGUAA